UUAAGGUGCAACUGCUCUGACGUUUACUGAACUAACGUAUGUACCAUCGUAAGGGCCAGUAGGUUUUUGAGUAGGCGCCAACACAAGACGUGUUCUUCUGAAACACACACUCCUUAACAGGCAACCGAAGAAGCACGUGUGACUUUCCGUGUCUGCUCAGAGCUCUUCAACUCGAAAUCCCUUUUCAACAACAACAACUGAUCAACAUGGUCCGUGCUUGGGUGAUGAACGAAUCGACGGAGGACCAGCGCCUACCGCGUAUGACAGACCCACCACAGUUUCUGGAUGUCAAGCAGCUCAAUGCUAGGACAGGCUGCGAAUACAUUUACCUUGAUCCUAAAAACUAUGAAUCUGAACUGGACAAGGUGAAAGCAGAGCGUGGAUACACUUAUCAAGACCUGUGUGACAUUCGUAGGGAGACGCUGCCAAACUAUGAUGAAAAGCUGAAGAAUUUUUUUACGGAGCACAUCCAUUCUGAUGAGGAAAUCCGGUUUUGUUUAGAAGGAAGUGGCUAUUUUGAUGCACGUGACAAAGAGGACAAGUGGAUUAGAAUUGAGCUGACACCCGGAGACCUGCUAAUCUUACCAGCAGGAAUCUAUCACCGCUUCACAUUGGAUCAAGGGAAUUACAUCAAGGUGUUACGUUUCUUUGUGGGGGAGCCUGUGUGGACCCCAAUCAAUCGGCCUGCUGAUGAUCACCCUGCCAGACGAACCUACGUCAGUGGUUUCCUAACAAAGGGGUAACAACAAAUGAGAAUGGUAACAACAAAUGAGAAUGGAAAACAACGAAUACGAAUGGUAACAACAAAUGAGAAUGGUAACAACAAAUGAGAAUGAGAAAUUAAACAGGAAUGUUUUCUUGUUAAUACAUUAUAUGGUGGAGGUUGUUAGAAAAGAUUAAUCUUAUUUGUCCAGGUGUAUUAUGAGUUAAUCUUUUGUCCAGGUGUAUUAUAAGUUAGCCAUUUGUCCAGGUGUAUUAUAAGUUGGUCUGUUUUCAGGUUUUUUAGACGAGGGAGAAUGAAAUAUUUCUGUGGAUUUCAAUAACAUUGUGACUGGGAAAUGGAUUUAUCCUAGCAGGAAUGGUAAUAAAUUUCAUAAAUUUUUCAUAAUUUUUAAUAAAUUCUCUUUAAUGCACUUUCCUUUCUCAGAAACUGGUGUGCAACCGUUUCUAAAUGGAUUUAAAUGCCCACUUCAUUCCACAAAGUUCUUUGUGGAAUAGACCUACCAUGCUUUUUAAUUCAACAAUUAAACAUCGAGGCAGGUAAAUAAUGGAAAUUGUUGAAAAUUAUAGACCUCAGCGUUUAAUUUAAUUGAACUAGUAUGACCAAGACAGGAGAAUGAUCAUUUUAUAUAAUAUAUGUAAUGCUCGUGCCUCAUUGUGUCCUUUAUUCCAUAAAAGGCAUUUGGCUCUGUCUAGCUCUGUAGGGCCGUGAUUAUGCAUACUAUCAGAACCCUGUCUUGUUUCGUAAGCUUACCUUGAACAUCUUUGUACUUCCGGUGCUGGCUUCAUUACAGUACUGUUGGCCGCCAAAUAAUGUGUCUGUGUUUACUCAUAGUCAUUUCAGCUAUGGAUUCCUGCUAGGUGUCCCCAUGUAUUAUCUCUAGUAAAUCCUGACAAGCAUAAAAGUGGUGGAAACUGAAUAAAUGUAAACUCCAAUCGCUAUCUUGGAAUGCAUACUCCUCACAGUGAGGGGAAUAACUACUACUGCUUCAAGACUAGUUUGACCUUUUGACACACAUGGGCUAAUUGAUUAGGAUCAGUCGCACUAGUAAUGACCUAGAGGGAACCUAUAAUCAACACUGACCUCUAAAAAAAUUCUUAAACAGUUAAGGUAAAGAUUAAACAAUAUGUACAAAAUAUGCCAAUUGCUAGUAGUGUCAGUAGUUAUCUCCCUUGUAUAGACUGUGAGGAAUAUGCAUUCAAACACAGCUGAUAUGAAUAUGCAUUGUACACCAUAUGUGAUGUGAUGUGAAUAUGCAUUGUACGCCACAUGAUGUGAUGUGAAUAUGCAUUGUACACCAUAUGGUGUAAUGUGAAUAUGUGUUGUACACCACAUGAUGUGAUGUGAAUAUGCAUUGUACACCACGUGAUGUGAAUAUGCAUUGUACAUCAUAUGAUGUAAUGUGAAUACGCAUUGUACACCACAUGAUGUGAUGUGAAUAUGCAUUGUACACCACGUGAUGUGAAUAUGCAUUGUACAUCAUAUGAUGUAAUGUGAAUACGCAUUGUACACCACAUGAUGUGAUGUGAUGUGAACAUGCAUUGUACAUCAUAUGAUGUAAUGUGAAUACGCAUUGUACACCACGUGAUGUGAUGUGAACAUGCAUUGUACACCACAUGAUGUAAUGUGAAUACGCAUUGUACACCACAUGAUGUGAUGUGAUGUGAAUAUGCAUUGUACACCAUAUGGUGUGAUGUGAACAUGCAUUGUACACCACAUGGUGUGAUGUGAACAUGCAUUGUACACCACAUGGUGUGAUGUGAACAUGCAUUGUACACCAUAUGGUGUGCUCUGAAUAUGCAUUUUCCCUGUACAGUAAAUAAAGAAGUAGAUGAUUGUACAUUGUAUGAUGUGAAAUUUGUGAAUCUGUCCAUUUUGAAAUGUGU